CCAGCAACUGGAAAUUCUGCGGAUUUACGAAAAUUUUUAGUUAUUCCUUUGUCCCUUUUUUUUCAGUCUCUUCUUUCUCGUUCGUUUUUUCCGUCCCUUUUUGAUUUUCUGAAUGCAAUUCAAAUCAAUUGCCUUGUCCAUUGCCGUGGCGCAAGCCAUCAACUUGGUGACCGCUGACGGAGGUCAGGAAUACUGGAAAUCGUUCAAUUCCAGUGUGGAUCCCCUGAACAUCAACGUGCCCGAGAUCUCGCAAACUUCGUCCAACGAUCCUACUCAGGAAUGUGUUCACUACAACCCGGAUCCUUCUCUGUUCCAGGUGAAUCAAGCAGAAUGGCCCACAGUGUGGAAAACCGCCACUUCCAACAACAUGAACACCAGCACUGAAUUCCAGAAUUUGUAUAAUUCCAUCGACUGGAACAGCGCUCCCAAGAUCGAGGUCCGUAAAUUGAAGCCCGAUGGUUCGGUGGACAUGACCGGUUACGAUGAAGCCAACGAUCCCGACUGCUGGUGGUCCUCUUCAGGUUGUACCGUGCCCAAAAUGAAGGAUGUCAAUCCCGAUAUCUACGAAUGUCCUGAACCGGAAACAUGGGGCUUGACCUAUGAUGAUGGUCCCAACUGUUCGCACAAUGCCUUUUACGACUACCUCGAACAGCAGAAAUUGCAUGCUACCAUGUUCUACAUUGGUUCCAACGUCAUUGAUUGGCCUUACGGUGCUAUGCGCGGUAUCAAGGAUGGUCAUCACAUCGCCGCUCAUACCUGGUCCCAUCAAUUGAUGACCACCCUCACCAACCAGGAAUUACUCGCCGAAUUUUAUUACACGCAAAAAGCCAUCAAACUAGCUACCGGUGUCACCCCUCGUUACUGGCGUCCGCCAUUUGGUGAUGUGGAUGAUCGUGUGCGAUGGAUUGCGACUCAGUUGAACCUUACGACGGUGUUGUGGAACCUUGAUACCAAUGAUUGGUCAGCCGGUGUGGAUGAACCUGUGCAAGAAGUGCAGCAAGCUUAUGAAGAUUAUAUUCAGAUGGGUAGCAAUGGUACGUUUGCCAACUCGGGCAACAUCGUUUUGACCCACGAAAUCAACAACGAAACCAUGUCGUUGGCCCUCAAGAAUUUGCCCGCUAUCCAGAAAGCGUACAAGAAUGUGAUCAACGUCGCCACUUGCCAAAAUAUCACCUAUCCUUACAUGGAAAGAACCAUCGCUUUCCGUCCUUUCGCUGACGCCAUUGCUCAAAAGAAUGAUUCCGGUAUUGCAGCCUCGGAUCUCGUCGGUUCCUCCACCAGUGGUCCCGUCACCGCCACCGCUUCUUCGUUGAGUUCUGCCGGUGCCAGUGGUUCUUCCUCCGACUCGAGCUCCUCCGAUGCCAUUAGUAUGACCAGCAACUCCAUCGUGGCUGCCGCUCUUAUGCUCGUCGCCGCCAUCUUUUCUUCGUAAGAAAAAAUAAUCCUGAAUAGAAAAUAAAAAAAAAAUGGUCUUAUGAAAGACCAACCAUUAUCAAAAGUUCCCCCUCUCCUUCCCCCUUUUUUUUUUCUGGAACAGAAAAUUUUGUAGUUAUCCUUUAUAUCAGUGUUCAAUAAAUC